UUCCCCAUUUUUGUUCUUCUUUUCAGGCAUGUGUGAUUUAGAUCAUGGGACUGCUGGUUGUAUUUCACAACACGUCCAGACCUCAAAGCCCAAACCAGCAUCCAGUUGUUAAAUAGAGAUGAGUUCGUUUCAACUGGACUUGCUGCUUUUCUUAAAACUGAUCAGCCUAGUUUCAGGGCUGCAGUUUUCAACGUCUCCCCUUUCCCAGGUGCCUUUCCUCACAGUGUGGAACGCCCCUACUGCCAGCUGUCUCUCUCAAUAUGAUGUGGAUCUCGACCUGGGCACGUUCAGCAUCACCCAGAACCAGAACCAAACUUUCAUGGGUGAAAACAUAACCAUCUUUUACGCCGAAAAGCUUGGUCUGUAUCCCAGAUAUUCCAGCCAAAUGGAGGCUGUGAAUGGCGGGGUGCCACAAAACGCCAGUCUUGAUGAACACCUCAGAGCCGCCUCUGAUGAUAUCCGCACCGAUAUCCCUGACAGGGAUUUCCAGGGCCUGGCUGUGGUGGACUGGGAGAGCUGGAGACCUGUAUGGGAGAGAAACUGGGACAGUAAGCAGGUGUACUGGGAGGCAUCAAAAGAGCUAGUGAGAUCCAUGCAUCCAGACUGGAGACCUGCACAGGUAAACGCUGAAGCACGGCUGGAGUUUGAGACAGCUGGGAGGAAAUUCAUGGAGGAGACACUGAAACUGGGGCAAGAGGAAAGACCAAAUGGGCUGUGGGGUUUUUAUGGUUUUCCCAACUGCUACAACUACUACAGUAAAGAAAGCACAAACUACACAGGGGAAUGUCCCGCUAUUGAGUUAAAGAGGAACGACGAGUUGACCUGGUUGUGGAACGUCUCCUCUGCUCUUUAUCCUGACAUCUACCUCAGCCUCAACCUGCGACACCUUGACAAAGAAGUGCUCCUCUUCGUUCAACACCGCAUCCUGGAGGGCAUGAGAGCAGCUCAGCUGAAUCUAUUGACACCGCCCGUGUACCCAUACGCUCGCAUCGUCUACACAUACACAUUAGACUUCCUCUCCCAGGAACAUCUGGUCUACACCAUCGGAGAGAGUGCUGCUUUAGGAUCUGCAGGGGUAGUGCUUUGGGGAGACCAUGGCUUCUCCAAAUCUAAGGCCACUUGUGAUGCUGUCAAAUCCUACAUCGACGAGACUCUAGGUUUUUACCUGGUGAACGUGACGUCAGCAGCCACUCUUUGCAGCCGGACCUUGUGUUCCUCACAGGGAAGGUGCCAGAGGAAGAACCUGAAAUCGAGGGCCUACCUCCACCUCGACCCUGUCGGGUGGAAGGUGGUGUCUGAGGAGAAACCAGAGGGGGGGAAAAACUAUAUAGUUUCAGGACAGAUGAGAACACAUGAGGUGACUCGCAUGAAGACUGAGUUUCGGUGCAAGUGUUACCAUGGGUGGACUGGUGAGAGCUGCUCCAAACCAGUUCCAGCAUAAAAGGGUGACAGUAUGGGUUUAAUAAAUAGUGGUAAGGUUUGUGUGAAGUGUGAAAAUGAACCACUCCAGUGGUCGACUGGGGCUUGUUUGGCCCAGAGGUAGUUAUCUGCAUGAGUGCAAGCGGCCUCGUGUGAAUAGAAAUGUCCACAUCUUUGACCGGUGUGUUUUCUUAAUGAAUUACCUCUGUAGUGUUCCUUAAUUUAUACGGGAGAUAAUGUUGCAGUUACAUUUAACAAUGUAUGCAGACUAAUCUUUACACACCAGUGAUGUCUUAUAGUAAAUGAUGAAUGUGUUGUUUAAUGGCAUGAAAUAUUUUUGCCAUUUGAGAUUUAGAAAUGAGCUCUUAACACUCUUAAAUUCACCCUCCAGUCAAAAUUGUGUUUCACUUACUGCCACUUCAUAUGGAUGUUUGAGCUUCGCUGUGCAGAAUGAAUAAUGAUGGUGUUUGUUUGCAUGAUUUCCACAUGGAGGAAGGUUUCUCUGCUCACCUUAAACCUGAAUUUAGGAUGUGUACAUAGGAGCUGAUUUUGGGAUAUCACAUCUAAUUUGGAGGAUAAUUGCUAUUUUUGAAAUGAACAAUUAUCACUCAAUCAUAUAAUUCUGGAGUUUGCAAUGAGGUAGAAGGAGUAGGUGUCCGUUUAGAGUUUUUAAGCAAAUAAUUUCAAAUGUAUUCAUUUAGAAUAAUAAAGAGUAUUUUUCUGUCUUAAAACGCGUCUAAAGGAUGACUUUAAUGAUACGUUUUCAAGUAAAUGCCACUUAAUUAACUUGUGUACUGUACCUGAGUAUAAUUUCCUUGUUCUUAGUUAACUUGAGUAUGACUGCAUUUUGCUGGAGAUAUUGUGCUUUUUAAUCCACUACAUUUAUUUGACAGUUAAAGUUACUUCACAGAUUUCUUUCAGGUUUCAGCUUUUUCCACACAAACCAUAUGAUCAGCUAACAAAAUAUGAUGUAUUGAACAAAGUUGGCAAUUAAAAUUGGCCCUAAAUUGAUUAAACACAGAAAGCUA